CGCUUGUGCUGGGGAAAGCAUAGCGAACCUGCGAUUGGUUCAAAACUCAAGCGACUCGCCUGUGAUUCGACUGCACUCAUGACCCCACCCUUUCUCAUUUCCAUACGAGUACCGGCUUCCGGCUGGAAUAUUCGGAAGCAUGGCUGCCAUCGGUGUGCACUUUGGGUACACAUGUGCCUGCGUUGCCGUAUUUAAGGAUGGGCGAGCAGAUGUUGUUGCUAAUGAUGCCGGAGACAGGGUCACACCGGCUGUGGUGGCAUACAGAGAAAAUGAACAGAUAGUUGGAAUUGCUGCUAAGCAGGGCAGAAUACGAAAUGCCACCAAUACUGUUGUCAAAGUGAAGCAGAUCCUGGGCAGACGAUACGAUGACCCAGAAGCUCAGACACACAGAGAAGAAAGCAAGUGCAUUGUUGUCAGCAAAGGUGACCUACCCAAGUAUGAAAUCGACACAGGAGAGACGACGAAGUAUGUGUCGCCUGAAGAUGUAGCAAAAUUAAUCUUCCACAAAAUGAAAGAGACGGCACAGUCAGCCUUGGGUUCAGAUGUGAACGACGCCGUCAUUACGGUGCCGUUUGAGUUUGGAGAAAUGCAGAAAAAGGCACUCAGGCAAGCUGCAGAUAGUGCCGGGUUCAAUGUUCUCAGGCUGAUUCACGAACCUUCCGCUGCCCUCUUGGCAUAUGGAGUUGGGCAGGACUCCCAGCUGGGAAAAAGUCACGUCCUUGUGUACAAACUUGGAGGCACGUCGCUGAGUGUCACCAUCCUGGAGGUAAACAGCGGAAUGUACCGCGUCAUGGCGACACAAACAGACCACUGCACGGGAGGCGAGAGCUUCACGCAUGAGCUCGCUAAACAUCUUGCUGCGGAGUUCAAAAAGACUUACAAGCUGGAUGUGACUGAUAACCCCAGAGCGAUGCUAAAGCUCAUGAACGGUGCUGAUCUGGCCAAGCACACACUGUCUACCCUGGGCAGUGCCAACUGCUUUGUAGACUCACUGUACGAUGGCAUGGACUUUGAGUGCAAUGUGUCCAGAGCCCGGUUUGAGCUGAUCUGCACCAGCCUCUUUAACAAGAGCAUUCAGCCGGUCAAAAAACUCCUGGAGCAAGUAAACCUGUCCACCUCAGACAUCAACAAGGUUGUCUUGUGUGGAGGCUCGGCUCGCAUUCCCAAGUUGCAACAGAUGAUCAGAGAUCUGUUCCCAGACGUGGAGCUGUUGAACUCCAUCCCUCCAGAUGAAGUCAUUCCGGUGGGCGCUGCCAUGCAGGCGGGCAUCCUGGUGGGAAAAGAGAGCAUGGCGCUCGGGGAAGAUUCCAUCACUGUAGACUGCUGUGCCAGCGACAUCACCGUUAAGGAGGUGGAUGACUCGGGCACGGAGGUUUUCACGAUUUUGUUUCCAUCUGGCACACCUCUCCCCGCCCGCCGCCAUCACUCUCUACAGGGUCCUGGCAGCCUGUCGUCAGUGAGUCUGGAGCUGUACCAGGCGCAGCGAGCCAUCGCACAGAUUGUACUUAGAGACCUGGAACCGAAAGAGGACGUGCACGACAUCGUCACCGUUCUAACUAUGAAGAGGGAUGGUUCACUGCAUGUGACAUGCACAGAGCAGAGCAGUGGCAGAUCAGAGGCCAUCACCAUAGAAACGGCUGCUGCUGCAUCAUAACCUUGAAUUAUGUUUCCAUCUCGAUUCCUUACUGUAACCCAAACACCUGCAUGUCAUGAGGUUUGAGGUUUUUCUGUGAAGGUGCUUUAAAUCUCUCUAGGUCCACCAAACAAGUCCUCUCAAUAAGUUAUGUUUUAAAGGAACAGUUUGAAGUAUCAUUUACCAAUUCUGCUGUCAUUCCAAACAGCCUUACCUGUACUUUUUUUAUACAAAAGUAAAAAACUAAAAACGAUGGGACUUGGUUUCUAGAAUUCAAAUAUUCUACAGGCAAAGCAAAAGCUUUUUAUGAGAAACUGAAAUCAUUGUUCACAGACAAUCUACAAAUAUCCAUAACAGCAUAUGAAUUUGGAAUGACAUGCAAGUUAAUAUUUAUAGAGUCUGCGUUUUUUUAACUUUCUUUGAAGUGAAUGGUAUAGUCCCUAUUACUGAUGUAUUUUGUUUGCAAAGUUAUGUCAAUACUAUGUGCCUUUGUAUUACCUGCAUCCCAGCAUUGUUUGAAUCACAAGUCAAUAGUAUUGAUAGAUGUGAUGUGCAAAAUUCAACAAAAUGAAUGAUGCCGUUACACUAAACAGAUCAGUCAAGACCUGUCCUGGAGGAGACGGCAGGUGAAGGUAGAGCGGAUGGUUUCCCAUAUGAGAUUAUAUGUGUGAGUAUACAUAUAUGUGGCUUGCUGAUGUAAUCUCGUGCGUUGUAGUUUUAUCUGGUGCAGUCACACACUGAGCAGGUGCAAAAGCUGUUCCCCAUUUUGUCAAGUGAAAGUAUCACGCAAUAAACUUUGAGUACAAAUGCU